AUGAGCGGUGCAAACGCCAACAUCGCAGCGCGUCUGCAAAAGGAGCUUAUGGACAUCAUGACCAAGCCCACCCCUGGCAUCACCGCGUUCCCCGAUGACGAGAACAUGACUGUCUGGACUGCCACCAUCGACGGCCCGGCCGACACCCCCUACGCCGACCUCGUCUUCAAGCUGUCCAUGGACUUCUCCAACAACUACCCCUACAUGCCGCCGACCGUCCUCUACAAGACCCCUAUCUACCACCCCAAUGUCGACUUCUCAGGCCGCAUCUGUCUCGACAUCCUCAAGGACAAGUGGAGCGCCAUCUACAACAUCACCACUGUCUUGCUGAGUCUGCAGAGCUUGUUGGGCGAGCCGAACAACUCAAGCCCUCUCAACGGCCAGGCCGCAGAGCUCUGGGACAAGGACCCCGCCGAGUACAAGCGCCUUGUCCUCGCCCGCCACAAGGCUCCCGAAGACCUGGACGCGUGA